ACCGCCGGUAUCCCAUGAAUCCGCGGUGUCUUCGUGACCUCACACAGCACGAGAAGAAGAAGAGGCGGCAGCGGCGUCAGGUAGUAGCCAAAGAUUAGCUGUAACCGUGGUUGAUUAUGGCUGCUUCAAAGCCAGUCGAGCCGCAGUCCGGGAGUGGACUACCCCGCUGGCAGCUGGCACUGUUGGUGGGGACCCCGAUAGUGCUGGGAGUCGGGGCUGUGUACCUGUGGAACCGCAGCCGGACGAAGGAGCGGCGAGGGAAAGGCAGCGGGGAGAGGAAAACUCCAGAAGGCAGCGCCAGCCCCGUGCAGGGCCAAGACGGCGCGGCCAGGGGCAACAGGGAGCAGGAGAACAUGAGCCCUUUGGACCGGGCCCAGGCAGCAAAGAACAAGGGCAACAAGUACUUCAAGGCUGCUAAAUAUGAGCAGGCCAUCCAGUGCUACACAGAGGCCAUUGCCCUCUGCCCCUCAGACCAAAAGGCGGAUUUGUCAACGUUUUACCAGAACAGAGCAGCAGCCUACGAACAGCAGAUGAAAUGGGUAGAGGUGGUGCAGGACUGCUCGCAGGCGGUGGAACUGAACCCACGUUACGUCAAGGCUCUGUUCAGGAGGGCCAAAGCUCUGGAAAGACUAGACAACAAGAAGGAGUGCCUGGAAGAUGUCACAGCAGUCUGUAUUCUCGAGGCCUUCCAGAACCAGCAGAGCAUGUUGCUAGCAGACAAGGUGUUGAAGUUGUUGGGAAAAGAGAAGGCCAAAGAGAAAUACAAGAAUCGUGAACCGCUGAUGCCUUCUCCUCAGUUCAUCAAGUCCUACUUUAGCUCAUUCACUGAUGACAUCAUCUCCCAGCCGCUGCAGAAGGGAGAGAAGAAAGAUGAAGACAAGGACAAGGAGGGCGAGGCUGCUGAGGUCACUGAGAGCUCUGGCUACCUGAAGGCCAAGCAGUACAUGGAGGAGGAGAACUAUGACAAAAUCAUCAGUGAAUGCACCAAGGAGAUAGAGUCCAGUGGCCGAUACACUGCAGAGGCCCUUUUGCUGCGUGCCACAUUUUACCUGCUCAUUGGAAAUGCUACUGCUGCCCAGCCUGAUCUGGACCGGGUCAUCAACAUGCAGGAUGCAAAUGUGAAGCUGCGGGCUAACGCUCUGAUCAAGCGUGGCAGCAUGUACAUGCAGCAGCAACAGCCGCUGCUGUCCACACAAGACUUCAACAUGGCAGCCGAGAUCGACUCACGCAACGCUGAUGUCUACCAUCACAGGGGUCAGCUGAAGAUCCUGCUGGACCAGGUGGACGAGGCAGUCGGGGACUUUGACGAGUGCAUUCUCCUCAGGCCUGACUCGGCUCUAGCCCAAGCACAGAAAUGCUUUGCUCUUUACAGACAAGCGUAUACCGGAAACAACCCAGCCCAAGUACAGACAGCGAUGGACGGCUUUGAGGAUGUCAUCAGAAGGUUCCCAAGAUGUGCUGAGGGCUAUGCUCUGUACGCGCAGGCUUUGACUGAUCAGCAACAGUUUGGAAAAGCAGACGAGAUGUACGACAAGUGUAUUGACCUGGAACCAGACAAUGCUACCACAUAUGUCCACAAGGGCCUGUUGCAGCUUCAGUGGAAACAAGAUCUCGACCUGGGGCUCGAGCUCAUCAGUAAGGCAAUUGAGAUUGACAACAAAUGUGACUUUGCCUAUGAAACUAUGGGAACCAUUGAAGUUCAGAGGGGUAAUCUUGACAAGGCAAUAGAAAUGUUCAACAAGGCAAUUAACCUAGCCAAAUCAGAGAUGGAGAUGGCCCAUUUGUACUCAUUAUGUGAUGCAGCAUAUGCCCAGACAGAGGUGGCCAGGAAGUACGGGCUGAAGCCUCCGACACUGUAACUUCUCUGCUGACUGAAAUUGCCAAUCCCAGUCUUCGUCGCUGAGCCUGACUGUAUUGAAACUGCAACUGUCUGAGUUAUUGUUUUGUAAAAAAAAAAAACAAAAACGAGUAACGGAUCAGAAAAUAAUAAAAACAGAUCCCUGAAAAUAUACCCUGUUUACAUUACAAGGAAAGGGUUUACUACUUAAAAAAGAUUUCACUUCACAAUCAGGCCGAGGCUUUGAUCCGAGCCGCUAGUUGACCGGGGGGAGAGCGGGUCUUAAUUCACAGCCCUUUGCCGGAACUCGAUUCGACCAGAACUCCAGCCCUUUUUAUUGCUCAUGUUUCUUGAGGAAAAAUAUUGUCAUCCAUUGUGAAAUGCAUAUACAUGAAUGGCCAUGUAUACCCUUCUGUCCACUAGUAAUUUUCCAGUUACCUGCAUAAAAUAAGAGAGUUGGGAUGUGCUCGAUCUGUUCAACCCAUUACUGACUUAAUGCUUUGUGACAUUUUUAAAAACUACAGAAAAUACUGUGAGAGCUUUAUAUAGUUCUAAUGGACUGUUCACUUGUUAAUUUGUGUUGAUCUCAACAAGUGUUUUUGUCCAGCUGCUUCCAUGUUCUAACAUACAUUAUCACAUGACAAAUGCAAGAUUAAAAUUAUAGUCAAGUGUGUGAUGAUGUCAGUGUUUGGUGUAAUGCUGGAAUGAAUCACGUGAGAUGAGGGUACACCAAGAGGAAAAAUGCUUAAACUCUAGAAUCCUAAGUGUUGUUUUUUUUUUUAUUAUUAUUUUCAAAUUAAUUUUUAUUUUGGGAUUGCCUGUUUUUUCCUUUUUAUAUAUUCUGUACAGCAUGUGAUAUUUCUCUUUAUAAAUAAAUGUUAAUGCAAUGCUUGUGGCGAAGUCAAAUCUGAACGUUAGGAAAACCCUACCUAUAAAUGAGACUUUGGACAUAACACAAUAUUUAAUUGGUACAACUUUCACAUUGUCAACUACAUUUUGUUUUUAGUUGGAAGAAAUUUUAUUUUUUAACUUGCAUCAUAUGUCAAAAGGGAUCAGUUAUUCAGUGUUUUUUUUCUCACUUCAGUAGAUAAAUGGGAUUAUUUUCUAUUUUAAUAUUUGUUUUUCAUUCAAUGUUCAGAUUCUUUAGAAAGAGUACUCUUAAGACACUGAUAUUUUUUUUCUCUCUCUAGGGACCCUCUUGAAAAUAAAUUUUCUCACAACCCAGCCCUAUUGUUGAUAGCCUGAAUGUGACCCUUUGACUCAUUUUUGCUUGAGCCGCAUGAAAGUGGAAUGCAGGAUCUGGUUUUCUGCUAAAGCCAUACAAUUAUCUGUUAACAAAUCCUGAAUUUUUUGUACAUUUGGAGCAUGUUUGCAUAAAGCAAGUAUUAAUUCAGGAUAAUUUGACACAGAAUAUUUAAAUGCUGCAGUUACGCUGUGACUUAUUCAUCUAACAUGAGUGAUAACUAAAUUGUCUUGAUUAUGUGGUGAUAUCAGAGAACCAGCUAAUGCAUUUCAGAUUCAGCUAGUGGUAAAACUUUUCAUUUCAAAACUGCCCAAAAAUUACAGGAGGAAACCGCACCUGAAUUUAACAGCAUGCAUUUGCAGGUAAUGUGCAUCUGCUGAUGCUCACUAAAUAAAUCUGACUGUAGCCCACAGAAAGAAACACUACCAUUCUUUAUUCAAGAGGUGUAUCAUGACCAAAGUUGAAGAAAAUAUGAAUCCUAAUAAAGUUAAAAUUCCUGAAAA